AUGGCUAAGCUGGGCCGCGAUCAUGCCUACUUCUUUGCUAAUGUCGUAAGCCUGCAUGAUAUGCUCAGACGUCUGGCAGUAAAACUGGAUAUUGAUGUUACCAGGGGACCGCAGAAUACGCCUCCUUCAAAAAUGCAAAUUGUCCUCUUUCUGAAGGUCCUUUCAAAGGCCACGUAUGAGGAUAUGCUGCAGAGAAUUAGGAACCUGAAUGACGUCCUCAGAACAUUGUUAGACCAGUCUGCACAGCUGGAGGCGAGUCGGCAGAAGCGCAGUCCGUGGCGACGACUGCUCCCUCGAUUUCAAGAAGCACGAAAGAACGCAGAGGGUCUAUUCAGAGCCAUUGUCGGUAGUUCCAACUGGAGCUGUCGGUGCCAGAGCUCCCACAGCGCCCAUCUGCAGCUCCAAUCCAACCCCUUCGCCGAGACCCCGAAAGUGGGCAAGACAGCAACCUACCGGAUAACCUUUUCCAAUUCAGACAACGGUACAAAGAAUUCGUGGACAUGUAGGGAGGUCGAAUUUGAGCCGUACACAUUUGAUCAACCUUUGGCACCAGUCACCAACCAUGCCCUACCGACAUACAGGUCAAACCAACAAAAGCCGCAAAAGCCUAAGGUUCGCUUCAAAACAGUCGAAGUGGAUUUUUUUGAGUCAAAGGAGAAGUCUUGCAAUGUUCCUCCCAUCGCAGACUUCUGUACUGUACUGUGUCGCGGUGGGGCUCACACACAACCGCCGACACAGGCCGUGGGCUUCAUUGCCGAUCAAGUGAGCUCGAAUGUUCGGUACAAUAUGUACUUCAUCAAAUGCUACCCAGAGCCCAUCCGGCUUCAAACACUGCAGCAAACAUUGCCAAAUAGUAGUAGACGCCAUCGGCUGUAUAUCGCCGCCGGUCUUGCGUGCGGAGUGCUCCAAUACCACGGCAACUGGUUGAAGAAAUACUGGGACAGUUCUGACAUCCAAUUACCUGCAGAUGAUGGUGACGACGACGAUGCAACCGAUGACGUUUUACCAAGCGAUCUCUACCUCCCCUGGUCUCUAAACUCCCAGAAUUCUCCAUCAGCACCCACGGAUAUCAAAUAUACGCAACAAUCCCCACUCGUCCGCAAUCAAGUUCUCUUCCCACUCGGCAUAGCUCUGACCGAACUCUCCCUGGGAAAAUCUAUCACCUCUCUCCGACGACCCCAGGAUGAGCAAGGAAACGAAGACUCAACCCGGUUCAUCACGGCAUUCCGCGUCCUCAACAGAGUGCAGCAGGAAAGUGGCUCAAACUAUAGAGACGCCGUACAUAACUGUCUUUGCUGGCUGGAGGUAGAUUCGCCUUGUUUGGAUGAUGAGAAGUUCCAGGGUCGUGUGUUUAAUGCUGUCGUUGCUCCGUUACUUAGGGACUUGGCGCACUUUGAGGGAGUAGGUGCGCUAUGA